CUUGUUAAUGUUAAUCUCAUGUGUACAUACGAGUCAAGUGAACAAAGCACUUGUUACCUCACUUCUUCCGUUAACAACCUUUCAUUCCUUUUUUUUUUAACCGUUCCCUUUGCUAUUCCUUUGCAAACCCACCUAGAAUCAUUUACGUACCUAAUUUUCCUUAAAGAUUCUAUUGUCGCUCUUUUUCCUUUUUUUUAGUGAAAACCAAACCUUGUCAUAUUCAAUACGACCAAGUGCGACUGAGCGUUGAGCGAAUCAUAAGUCGUCUCGCGCCAGAUGGACGCGAUCCGUCGUGCGACACUUGCAAUUACAUGGAGACUCACGUAGAUGAGGGCACGCCUUUGAGCAACUACCUCGAGGGUACGUAUGCUGGUUCCGUGCUAUACAUUGGCCCCUCAAUUUCUUCGCUGGAGCAUCCCUCCUUUAGCGACCGAAAUGCCCGGAUCUCCCACAGUCCUAAUCAUAGUUACAGGCACGGGGGAAAGAGAAGAAUCUCAGUGGCAGGAAUCCGACGACGAUAGGAAUUACGAUAGAUCGCCAUCGUCUAGUCCACCGCGAGACUUCGCCCCGAGGGGGUUUGCCAAAGUCCGGAAGAGGUUUAGGGAACACCUCCCUAGACCCCUGCAUCUCGAUGCCAACAAUCUCCCAUCCCGCCUCAACUUCGACGAGUUCCAUAACCAUGCCUCCCCUAUCUUCGAUGUGCUGCGACUGUUAGUCGAGGCCGUAACCUCAUCUAUCGAUCAUGCUCGGUCGAUCGGUUUCCUCGAGCGGCUGCGUCUCGCAAUUAUACAGUCCCAACUUCUAGACAACCCCUUAGUUCUAGGCUAUCAAGCUUCAGACGAUCCUACGCUAUCGCAACCGGCUGGCGAAUCAAAUUUCCAUGGAAUUACAGUUUCCGGCGCUGUUGCCGCGGUCGUGUUCGGCUUCGGAACGGCGUUGGUCAUCCGUUGGUUCUCGUUAGGGGGAUUUGUACCGACUUGGAGGGGACUGCUAGUUUUCGUUGUCGUAGCGUCUCUAGCGUCUCUAUUCGUAAGGGCGUACGUGCGAAGACAGAUUCUAAGGAAUAUUCAGAAGCAAGGGCUAGUAGAAGCCUCGAAAUUUUUCUCGCUCUCCCGGGAAUAUGAUUGCGCAAACAGUGCAGCAUUAAAUUUCGUAAUGGAAGUAGAAUUAGUCUCUCGUGGAUAUCGACUGAGCACGCCUAUCCCUCCUAUCAGUCGAUUGGAGAAUAACGGACAAAACGUUAAGUGCCUUCAGCUAAGGAAAGCCCUCCGAAACAGUUUAACGGAAGUCAUUUCCAAGUAUUAUCAUGUGGCCUUUACGAUUUGGGCAUUCGCAGAACAGACCGAAUUGCUGCAAUUGCAAUCGCAGUAUCAGUUCACAGUCGCCGAUGUGGUGGAAAGGUUCCAGGUGUUUUCAAAGACUGACGCCCAGGACGCUGAGAAAUUGCAACCCUUGAAAGAUGCCGCAUUUCUCUUCCACGAUAUUAGGAAAAUGUUCCUAAGUGGCUUGCUUGCUCUUCACACUGCCGGUAACGACUCUGACCGACACCGUUUUACGACUAUACUAGAAGCAUUUGAGGAAUUAAAUAUGGUCACGAGGCAAGCCUACACGAGGGUGAGAGAUAUCCUGGCUGAUAAUGACUUCCAAAUUCCCAAGAGUCCUCGGGGCCCCGAGACGCCAAGUCAUGAUCGAUGGCGUCACCAGGUUCGCAGAUUGAAUUCGAUGACUAUGAAUAUCCGCAGUGUGCAGGCUAAACUGCAUCUCCUGCGUGAGGAGUCAUCCAAGGCUCUGAACGAAGCUGACGAUAUUACCGACUUAGGGCCAUUGUUCAUGGCCCAGUAUGAGUCAAUUGGACAGGACCUACGGGAUCUAAUGGAAGCGUGGCAGUCAGGAAAGGCUUCGCUAGCGUCUGGUAUCGACAGAAACGAGAAACGGUUAUCCUCGAUGGGUUCUACGCUCAUGUCUCCCCUAAGCACGAUGAGCGGGCGGACCAUAGCGGAGGAGGAUGAGAAUAGCCAGGACGAAGGUGUUGCCGACGCAUAUAAGAAGCUUACUGGGGGCUCUUCGCCGCCGUCAGAGCCGGAGCCGGAAGUAUUCGAGGCCAUCUCAAUUCCUCGCCCAAAGAGUUUACUCACGCGGGAAGAAAGAAUAAUCAAGAUGAGAGAGGAUCGAAAGUCUAGAGAAAUCGCCAAGGCAAAGGCCGAAGCCCAAAGGGGCAUGAUGCGAGAAUUACAAGGCGUAUUAGAAAAGAAUCCCGGACGUGGUCGAGUCUCUCUUUGAAAAAUUUCGUUAAACACUGUAUCAUUUCGACUAGCAGCACCAGUUGGGCCCAAGGCGCAGGUAACGACUAGAUUAUGAACUGGGUCAUCGGUUGUAAUAUGGCGCAUUUGGGAUAGAGAGCGAUCCGAUUCGAAGUUGACUUCGUCAUGGCGUUUUCUUUAUUUGGUUUUUCUUGGGGGGGUCGAAUUUACUGCAUAGAGAGCUGGUCAUCCAUACGAUCUUUGCUUAAUGUCUUUUCUAUGUCACUCGUACAUACAAUAUAAAAAACAAGAUUCGCCUGACUUAUGUAGGUACGUAGGCGUAUACAUAAGGUACAUAAAAUAAUAAAAAGAAACUCGAAUGAGUUGAGAAGACA